AAUCUUUCUCAACUUGCUAAACGGGAAGUGAAAAAUUCUUCUAUAAGCGUCUAUAUUCUUUGGUUCAAGCUUCUAGAAUAAUAUAAGGUUAUAACAUGUCAAACUGUGCAUUUAUAAUCAUGUUUUAAAAUAGUGAGUUUGGGUCAUCCCAAGAGAAGGCGGAACUCGCAAUUUCCUGUUAACCUUGGUUUAUCUCCAAAAUAUCUUGAGAUAAUUGAAAUAUACAUGCGCUUGUUUGUGAUAUAUAUUCCUUAUUAAAAAAAGGAAAAUGUCUGUGUUAGCUUCAGGAAUAAAUGUUUUGAGGAGUUUGUUAAGUGCAGAACCUCCACCAAAUAAAGUAGUAGAAACUCGACCAGACUUUUUUACAUCUAGAAGCAUCCAUUGCAGGGAAGAUGGACUGGUGCUGUAUCUACCAUCUACCAAUGAAAAGGGAACAAAAGCAAAUUAUGAAAUUGUUCUUCACCGACCAACUACAGAGACUUUGCACCAGAUUUUCAGCUUAUUCCGAACACCUAGUUUAGAGUUGGCAGAAAAUAGAUUCGUAACUUAUAAGGAUAAAAUACCACAGAUUGUAGAAGUAGCCAAAGAGAUGUGCAACAUUCACAGUUUACAGAAAGUCUGCGACGUCGUGUUAGAACACCCCACUUGGACUCUAGCACAUCUCGCCGCCCACUUUGCAUUGUACGACUGCUUUAGCGACUCUACGGUGAAUAGUCUCCUCAACAGCACCGAGAUCGAAACGGGGAUGUCUCCAUUGCAGGUCGCCAUUACCACUCAGAAUAUUAAAACCAUUCAAAUAAUGAUAGCUGCGAAUUGUUCUCUGGAACAUCUAGACUACGAAGGGAAUUCCGUUUUUCAUUAUGCCGCUAGUACCACCAAGGAAAUUAUUAACGCACUUUCCCAAACAGCUACACAACGCUCUCUAAACGCCCGCAACAAAAACGGCCACACUCCCCUCCACAUGGCGUGCUUGGCAGACAAAUGCGACUGCGUCACGGCCCUCAUACUCGCAGGAGCCGACGUUAACAUUGCGGCAACGAAAAACGAAAAUCCCGAUACACUUACGACGGAACCAAGCUACGUAGCCAAUUACUUACAGAAAAACCCGAACACUUUUUACUCGAAAGACAUGAAAAACGGAGGGACUCCCCUACAUUGGGCCAGUUCUAGACAGGUCGUAGAAGCCUUAAUCGAUGUCAAUUGUCAUAUAAACUCGUUGAAUUUCGAAUUUAAGACGGCACUGCACGUGAUGGUCGAAAGAAAUCGGCUGGAUUGCGUGGUGGCUCUUUUAAGUAGACAAGCUAACGCUAAUUUGGGCGAUAAGGAUGGAAAUAGGCCACUACAUUUAGCGGUGAAAGCGAACAACAUUGCUAUAAUUCAGGCGCUAAUUAUUUUCGGAGUAGACCUAAAUAUUUUGAACAACAAAGGCGAAACGGCUAGGCAUAUGAUAACUGCAGAAAAUGAGCCGCAGUUGCUGUAUUAUCUGGCAGCCGUAGGCGCCAAAAGGUGCGAGAAGGGAAUGGAGGGCUGUACUGAGGGUUGUUCCCCAUCCGGAACGUAUGAGGGUAUUCCUCCACCAAAGGUAAUUGGACAGACAAAUCGAGAUAUACUAAAUGCAAUGCUUUCUGUGGCGGGUAUGGAAGUCGCUGCCGAAAAACACAAAAAUGGUCAUAUUCCUAGAAGCGGUCGACUUUUGUGUUUAGACGGUGGAGGAAUUAGAGGCCUGAUCUUAAUUCAGAUGCUGUUAGAAUUGGAGCACCUCUUUGGAAAACCUAUUAAAGACAGUUUUGACUGGUUAGCCGGCACCAGCACUGGUGGAAUUCUAUGCUUAGCUAUUGCCACUGGUAAAUCAAUGAAGGAAUGCCUUUGUCUCUAUUUUCGAUUAAAGGAACAAGCUUUUAUCGGUAUACGACCGUACUCCAGCGAAAACUUAGAAAAUAUUUUGAAAGACACGUUUGGCACAGAAACUGUGAUGUCUGAUAUUAAACAUCCUAGAGUAAUGGUAACGGGAGUCUUGGCCGAUAGGAAACCGGUGGAACUUCAUCUUUUUAGAUCUUAUACUAGCCCGAAUGAUAUUUUGGAAGUUGAACACGACUAUCCUUACGAGUUACCUCAUCCACCAGAUCAACAGCAUAUUUGGGAAGUCGGUAGAGCAACUGGAGCAGCCCCAACGUAUUUCAGAGCAUUCGGAAGAUUUCUCGACGGCGGCCUAAUAGCUAACAAUCCAACACUAGAUGCCUUGACCGAAAUUCACGAGCACACCAUGGCGCUGAAAGCGAAGAAUCGAGAAAAUGAAGCGAGUCCAGUGAACGUGGUAGUGAGUCUCGGUACCGGUUCGAUUCCGGUGACUGAAGUGAAGAGUAUAGACGUUUUCAAACCAGAAAGCAUUUGGGAUAGCGCCAAGUUAGUGAUUGGUAUAUCGUUUCUUGGAACUUUGCUCGUAGAUCAGGCUACUUCCAGUGACGGCAGAGUAGUAGACAGAGCCAGAGCGUGGUGCUCAUCUAUCGGCGUUCCCUACUUCCGAUUCUGCCCACAGAUGACUGAAGACGUCGCCAUGGACGAGAAAGCCGACGACAAACUAGUUCGAAUGCUUUGGGAGACCAAAGCGUACAUGUAUGAACAAAUGAGUAGCAUAAAAGAAUUGGCGGAUAUUAUAAAUAGGUGUUAAUCCUGUUAGAAAAAAUAUUUUUGUUAUUUGUGUUAUUAAUUUUACGUUUUAAAUUAUAAAAAAUGUCGUAGAUAAACAAAUUCAGUUUUUCGUAAUGGUUUGUGAUUGAUAAAGAAGUACCACAUAGUGAAAUAGUCAAUAGGUACACACAAAAGGGAUUUUGAAACGGUGUAUCCUGCUGUUUGGAUCUCUUAUUCGUUUUCAUUGAUAUGGUCUGCAAAAAUCAGUCGUAUAAGUGAGGAAGCUUUAUCUAAUUGCAAAUUCUUUUAUUCAUAUGGAAUUACCAGCAUACAAAAGUAACUCCUCAACAAAUAUAAAUUGUGAAAGUUUAUAUUUGGGGGGGGGAUGUAGAAAUUAAACAAAAAUUACAUACAUCAAAAACAAUUUUAUUUAAAAAUUUCGAUCUGCUCAAACAAUAACCUGCUGCUAUUGCCCUGUGCAGAAUCAAACUGCCAACAGGACUAAUCUUACACUAUUCAACACGCCGUGUAUCACCAACGUAGGGGUGAGGGGGCACAUGUGGAAAAAUUAAAAAAAAAUUAUACCGCAAAAUGAGAUUUAUUGUAAAGUAUCGGCUUCUUCAAUGAAAGAUUCACAUAUUUGUGAGUCUUUGUGUACAUUUAAAUUUGGCGGUAACUAAAUUAUUUAGAUGUAAUUAGUCCACAUGUGCCCCUGAGGGAGGCACUUGUGGACAAGACAGUAUUUUCUACGGGGCACAUAUGGAUACGGGUUUUGAUGGAAAUAAAAUAAUAACAUGUUUUUAUAAGGGCAAUUUUUAAUAUUUAUUUAACAUAAUACAUUGAAUUAUCCCAUAUUAUACCCAUGAAAAUUAACGGAAAACCGAAAAAAGGAGCUGGAUCAUGGUGUCCCAAUUUUUUUUCAGGAGCUGGCAAUUUUCUCAUAUCGUUUGCAGAAAUAUAACUCUCAUUCUUCUGAUCUGGAAAUACAAAAUCUUGUCGCGGCGUCAAUUUUAAAAAAUUUACUAAAAAUCCUGACUCUUCUAUAGUAAAAUUCAAUAAGCGAUGCAGGAAAAUGUAAACAUUGAAUCGUGUCCGAACCGGUCGCCAGACGAAAUAAAGAUGGACAUUUCGGUUAGUUUUUAAAUAUUUUUGAAGAACUGUUACUUGCAUUUAUGCAUAAAAUAUUCAUUAAUUUUAUAAAUCGGAUUAUUUUUUCACUUACUAUGUAUUCAGUGAAAACAUUAAUUUAUUUAUUAUGCAAUAAACACGAAUAUUUGAGAAAAGAAAAAAAAAAUAAUAAAGUGUUAUAAUUAUACUGUUACUUAUCGGAACGAGUAGACUCAUUUGGAACACCUUUAACAAUUAUCUGUUAAAUUUAUCGUUGUUUAUAUGCCCUGCAUCGCUUAAUGGAAUAAGGAUUAGUUUCUUUUUUUUCCCAGUCCAGUUUGCCAUGAUACUAUGACUAAGAAGAUAAUAUAUUGCGCAUAAGUCCUGACGUCAUUGGAGAGUUACACGUUCGAAAUGUCAGUUUUUUGUAUGUAUCAAUAAAUAAUCUUUAAUAAAUAGUUUGGAGAUAUCCUUAUGUAUACGAUUAUUAUAAUCAUUAAACCUCUUAACUUAUUUUCGUCUAAUUUAAUAUGCAUCACAGAAUGCAUAUAAAUCCCAUUUAACUUUAACAAGAAUUCAAAUUCUACUCUCCAAUGACGGCAUGCGCGAACACGACCGAUUUUGUACUACGGGAAGAUCCUAUCUGUUAUCCUAGUAUCAUGCAGUAUGCAUAGUUUUUCAAAAGUACCGGAUAUCUGUUUUUAGGUUAUGACUAGAAGAAAACUGUAGAGACUUACCUGAUAUCAAAUAUGACAAUAUUCAAAAUACGAUACACCUUACAAGAAAACACAGAAUGUCACUAAAUGAUAUUAUAAUCUCUAAAAACUGUUUAUUUACUUUUACGAGGCAAAAGUAACACAACCUCGUGAUACAAACAAAUGGCAACUUACAUUGAAUUUAUUUCUUGGCAUAGAACUAUAUCACCGGUGUCACCUAGGAGAGUGAGUUAGAAAGAGUGAACUGUCCACUUGUGCCUCUGUCCACAUGUGCCUCU